AUGCAUCUCAACACUUAUCUGGUGUGUAGCAACGCUGCUCGUUUCCGUUUGGCUGCAGGUCCCAGACGCAGAUUAAUGGAGAUGGGGCUCAGAAGAGCUCAGGGUCCCGACGGAGGCCUGACCGCCUCACGAUACACAUACAUUGGUGGUUUUGAUUUGACGAGUAACGCUCUCGCCGGCCGUCUGUUUGGCAUUCCUGUGGCGGGAACCAUGGCGCACUCUUAUGUCACUUCCUUUUCCUCUCUGGAGGAGGUGUGGCCACAGACUCUGGUGCCCUGCGGCGGCGGAGGCCCUAUUGACGUCAUCUGUCUGGUGAAGGGCUGGCUGGGUCGUGUCUGUCAGCUGUUGGGGUCAAAGACGAGCCUCGUUCGGGAGGGAGAGCUGGCGGCCUUCCUGUCCUACGCCAUCGCAUACCCACAAAACUUCCUGCCUGUGAUUGACAGCUACAGCGUCAGCUGCAGCGGUCUGCUGUGUUUCUGUGCCGUGGCUCUGGCUCUGUAUGAGCUGCAGUACCGGCCGCUGGGCGUCAGGCUGGACAGCGGGGAUCUCAGCAGGCAGUCGCUGGAAGUGCGGCGCGUCUUCAAAGAAUGUAGCCAACACUUCUCCGUUCCUCAGUUUGAGUCUCUCAUCAUCGUCGGCACAAACAGUAUUUCUGAACAGAGUCUCGCUGAACUCAACAAGAAAGAUAAUGAGAUCGACGUGGUUGGAGUGGGGACGCAUCUGGUCACAUGCACGCGGCAGCCCUCUCUGGGGUGUGUGUAUAAGCUGAUAGAGGUCAGAGGUCGUCCCCGAAUGAAGAUGAGUGAAGAUCCAGAGAAAAGCACACUGCCGGGACGCAAGUCUGUCUAUAGGCUUCUAGACGCAGAUGGUCAUCCGCAGAUGGAUCUGAUCUGUCUGUCAGAAGAACCGGCUCCUAAAGCGGCCGUCUCGCUGAACUGCUUCCCUCUAGGACUGAACACGACACUUCAGACGGUCACACCAGCUCAAGUAACCAGUCUGCGUUUGGAUGUCUUCACCUGUGGACAAAUCACAUUCCCCCUAAACAGUGCAUCAGAGAGUCGUGAGCGUGCACAGAUGUCUCUGCAAACGCUGCAUCCUCACCAUAAGAGACUACAAGAGCCGCACGAUUACACCGUGGCUUUAUCAGAGCGGCUGCACUCCCUGGUGUCUGAUAUCACAAAAGGAAACAGUAAAGGCAGCAACUUCCUGCUGUCGAACUAAAGCCGAGCCGAAACACAGCCCAGACCAAAGUCAGAAGCAUUAAAUCUAAAGGAAGAGGUGCCUUAACCCUUGUGCGUCAAUUAAAAAGAGUUACACAUAGGUCCAUAGUGGACAAAA